ACCUUUUUUUUUAAUCUUGUUCUCUCUCAGUACCGCUCUCGACUCUGAGUUGUCAUCUGCUUACCUCUUCUUCAUCUUCUUCCUCUCCUUGAGCUGGAUGCCCGGAUUCUGGCCUCCACAACCGGAUCUCAUUAGCCUCGACGACCUGCGCCUACAACCUUGAGGUCCUCCUGCAUCCGCCGUCGACGUGUUCACGUUGCAGCCGCUAACGUCGUUACCUCGCCAACGCCUACUUUUAAGAAUAUCGCAUCUGCUUUGCAUAUCCUUACGGCACGGAAAAAUAUGAUGGAUGUAGAUGUUCGAGCUGAUGGUCGAACACUGAACCAACUAAGGCCUCUCACUUGUUCUCGAAAUCUACUCAAUAGAGCUCAUGGUUCAGCUCGAUGGUCUCAAGGAGACACGACUGUAUUGGCCGCUGUAUUUGGACCAAAAGCUGGAACAAAAAAGGGCGAGAACCCAGAAAAAGCUUCUAUUGAAGUAAUUUGGAAGCCAAAAACUGGACAGAUAGGAAGGCGAGAAAAGGAAUAUGAGAUGAUCUUACGUCAAACUUUGCAAAGCAUAUGUUUGCUUACUGUCCACCCCAACACAACUACCUCCAUCAUCGUUCAGGUUAUUGGGGAUGAUGGUGCUCUUCUCUCUUGUGCUAUAAAUGCAUCGUGUGUAGCUCUUGUUGAUGCAGGCAUUCCUCUAAAACAUCUCGCAGUUUCCAUUUGUUGUGGUUUGACUGUGGGUGGACAUGUAAUUUUAGAUCCCACUGUACUAGAAGAGCAGAAAUUGAAGGCUGUUCUUCAUCUGGUUUUUCCAAACCCUCCGCUUUCGAUCCAUCAUAAAACUCAAUCUCUUUUAAAAGAUGAGCCUAUUGAGCAUGGAAUUAUAACAUCUGUUAUGCGGGGUGUGAUGUCAGUGCCUGACUAUGAGCACUGCUUGGAUCGUGGCCGUAUUGCUUGCACAAAGAUCUCUGAAUUUGUUAGGAGAAACUUGCAGUCCUCAGCUCGGGAGGGCCUGGCAAAAGCUACUUAGUUCUAUAAAUUAUUUACUUUUGUUGAAAUUCUUUUUGAAUUAUUAGUUCAUGACUUAGACUUGAGUUGUCAGUUUGCUCGGUUUGGACUCUAGAGGUGGUGGCUUAUGCAGUGAAAUCUUGUUAAGACCUCUCAACUUUGCACUUUGUGUCAGUUUAUUUUGAUGGUUCCAGGCUUUUUUUUUUU